AACCCUAGGUUCGCGAUGAUACUCCAGGAGAGGAAAAGAUUCGAAGCGGAGUGAAAAAUAGGAAGAUUGUUCGGUGAGAAAUGUGAUUUAGGUCAUGUGUUCGGUGGAAAAGGACGAUUCAACGACUACAUCAGUGAAACAAUGCCAAAAUGAGGAUGUAAUCGGUGGAAAAGGCUGUAACGAGGACAAAUGAAGUCGCAAAAUGUGAUUCGGUGAUGUCAAUCAUGACGACGAAGGCUCUUUGAGAGUGAUAAGGUGAGGAGGUUCGCGAGCUCGAGAAGAAGCUAGGUUUAAGUUGUUGGACUCGUGAAAGCUCAAACCGUAGCCGCUGCGUGACCGAGCUAUUGUUCCAUAACCACCAUUGCAUCUUCUCACCUCCUACGAGGGUUACCAAGGUGUUUGAAGGUGUGGACCUUGUGAGGAAAAGGCUCGAGAUGUCUUCAUGACUGAUAAAACAACCAAAUGAAACUGAUGAAAACGUUCAAGCUAGUCAAAUUAAAACAAUCUCUUUAAGCUUCACAGAUCAAGGAUUCGAGAGUAGAGGCAGCAGGAGGGGAUAAGUUGAGAGUGAGAUGUUCAAAAUUAAAGCUAGAAGUGUUUCCAUUUCAGUUUUACAGAAUUUAUUCAUUUUUUUUUCUAUUGUCAUUGUUAUCCUUGUGUUUUGACUAACAAUAUUUUUUUUCUUUGGUUAACAGUAUGACUUAUUUUUUACAUAUGUUAAGCCAUUUUACUAACUCUGUUGGCUUGUUUUAUUCCCGAGUGAUCUCAUCAGUUAAAGUGGGAUCUAUCUCAAAUGUAUCAUACUAUUGUACUUAUUCCAGGGACAAUAUAUGUUCUUCAAAGUGAAGAUCAUGAGGGCCAGUAAUGGCAGGAAAGAAAGCUUCAGAUGGAGUCAAACAAGAAGAUGGAAAAUACAAGCACAUUGCUGAUCUUCCCAAGUCAACAUUUGCUAUGAGAGCUAAUUCUUCGCUAAUGGAGCCUGAAAUUCAGAAAAUUUGGGAAGAGAAUCAAGUAUUCAAGAAAGUUGUUGAGAAAAAUAAUGGAGCAAAUUUUAUUCUUCAUGAUGACCCUCCAUAUGCUAAUGGUGAUCUUCACACAGGGCAUGCCUUAAAUAAAAUUUUGAAGGAUACUACAAAUCGUUAUAAGGUAUUUCAAGCAAUUGGUGUUGUCAGAGGAUUUCUAAGACCAUAUUCUCGAAAUGAACUUAUACACAAGUUAGCUUAUGGGAAGAGGUAAGUAUAUUGUGAAGAAAGAUGUCCUGAGGGUGAUGCAAAAACAUGUUGUGGUUAUGCACCCUCUUCCUAGGCUUGACGAG